GGCGGAACUAUAGUUUUGUGUUAACGAGUAAAUGUUAUUACAAAAUAUUUAAAAAAAAAGCGAGGUUUUUUUUUUAAGAAACAUCAUCAUGGGUUUAUAUUUGCAAUUAAUGUAUAUAUAUGUGCGUGUUUGAAGUGACUCCGUCUCAUAAAAAAUAAAAAAUUCACGACAUGGAGAAGCCAGUGGAGCCGUGCUCUCCGGAGACUAUUUCUCAGUCCUCUGUUUCCAUCUCCGACCUCUCCGAUGAGAUUUUACUGCACAUUCUGAGCUAUGUCCCCAGUUACGACCUGGUGCUCAGCGUGAGCCGUGUGUGUCGGAAGCUUCAGACUGUGUGUCAAGACAAGAGCUUGAUUUCUCACAUACAGCUCCAUAAAGAGUACCGAGCAUCUGAUGAAGCUGUGAAGAGACUGUUGAAGGAGCUCUCCAGCGACAUCCAGACUCUGGGUGCGAGCGGCUGCUAUUGGUUGGCCGGGAGUACGCUGGAUGUCGUGACCCGUUGCAUUGGACUGGUCCGGCUAGAUGUGUCAGGCUGGCGUGUGACUCCGGCACGUCUCUCGCGUCUUCUGGGCUCGCUGCACUCGCUGCGCUCGCUGUCACUGGACAUCGGCAUGGGAUUUGACCUGCAGCAGCUGAGCGACGAGGGCAAAGCGGCCCUGGCACGACUCAACGAGCUGAAACAGACCCUCCUGACACCCUCCUACGGUGUCGUGCCAUGCUGCGGUGCGUUACAGAGCCUGAGUCUGUACUUGGAAGUGGCUGAGGGUUGGCACGAGCCCAGUGCACACCUCCAACUGAUCGUGGGUCAAAGCAGUGUGCCACGCUACCACAAUCUGCACUGGUUCUCUGCACGCUUGGCACCUGGAGAGGUCAACCGUGCAUUGCUUAGUCUCUACCUGGCUGCUUUUAGCAUGCGUGUCCCUGAGGGCCUCACUGGUUUGGUUGUUGCCAUGCCCGGUCCGGCUCAACUUUUUCCUGCGUCCACUGGUUUAUUAACCCAGGGCAUCGUAUCAGCCGGGAUUGCAGUCAGUGCUUUUCAGCUUCCUCAGAUGUGGUUAGAUGGUGCCACGUUGAGGCGGGUUUUGGGAUCUGGAUGUCCAGCCUAUUUGAACGUGUCGCGGUGCUCGGCGCCGGGAUUUGAGCCACUGUGCGUGUUGCUGGGUGCCGGUUGCGACCUUUCUCCACUACGCAGCCUCAACCUGCGCGGUAAAACUGAGGAGGAAGUGGAUGCUGAGGGCAUCAGGACUCUUGCUGAAUCAUGCCCGCAACUUACUCACUUCAAUCUAUCCUCCACACACUACCAUCACACCACCCCGGAAAAGCUCGACGGGCAUCUCUGUGGCGCUCUUGGACAUCUCGGUAGUCUCCGUUCACUAGCACUGCCUGCUUGUGCGCUGUCACAAGGGCCACCUGUGCCAGCCAACAAACCAGAUUUGGCUACAAAACUGUCCUCUGAGUCCCUACUACUCGGGCUAAAGAAGGCUCGUCGCAUCGGGGUUCCAUCCUACCAGCCAACGCUUGACAGCACGGGGGGUCUAAAGGAAGGUGAAGUGGAGUCCUUCCUGCGCCCGCUAAUAAACGGUUGCCCCUAUCUGGUUGAGCUGGAGCUGAUCGGAACGGGAUUCUUGUCGGCAAUGCCAAGGUACGAGCCGGCCAUGCGCAAGGAUCCCGCCGCCUGCCCCUGGUCCUUCCAGGUCGGAGAUGCCCAGCUGGCGGCUUUAGGAAAGCUCCGCUUUUUGCGCAGGCUGACUUUGGCUCACCUGCCAGGGGUGCUGAAGGGUACCGGGCUCAUCCAGCUCGUUCUGGGGUGCAAGGACCUUCAGGCGUUAUCUCUGGCCAACCUCGGAUCCUUAAAGUCUGUGAAUUGCAUGCCGGCUCUGCAGGAGGCGCUCAAACACUGCACACAGCUCAGGGAGCUCAGGUUGGAGCAGCCGUACUUCAGCGCCAACGCAGCCUUCUUUGACGCGCUUGCUCACUGUCGCCUUCUGCAGCGCCUCUGUAUUGUCUCACGCCACGGAACGUUCCAGCACGCGGCUGCCGUCGGUUUCAUGCAGCACUGCGAGGACGUCAUCGUGUUCCAUAUGUUCACGGGUGGCACUCUGGUGGCCUGUAAAGCACUGCAGAAAACACUGCUGGACGGUCUGUCUGCAUCGCGUCCAGCCCUGAGCGUGGUGGUGUACCCGCUUCUCCACGAGGACUUGGGGAACGUGAUCAGGGAAAUGCCGCUCUGCCACCUGGACGAGAUCACGCUCUUCAAGACCCGUGUGGCAGAAGAUCCCACUGUACUGUGAGACACAGGGAGAGAGAACAGGAUGUCUGAUGUUGCCGCGUGAUGGUGGAUGUUAACAUUUCACCGAUUACUGUUUCCACAGGAGGGUUUUGCGACGCCUCUAGAUCUCAACUUAAUCAAAAAGAGCGAGUAACAAACGUUACUGAGAACCACAACGGUGCCAAAAUCACAUCAGAUGUGAAAUAAACUUACUACUGGUGCAAUCUU